UCCCGAUGGAGUAGUUUAAGGUUUCGUGUCAUAAGUAUUAAUGAGUUAAAAAUAAACAGUGACACUUUCAGGUGACAUGGCACUCUAUAUAUGAUCAAUCAUGACUGUGAUUAAAAAUAUUUUAUAAUUUCGAGAACCGAAAUUGAUACGAAUAUUUGAGUCUUCAUUUAAGGUUAAUUUAUUAAAUUAUUAUUUAUCUUUUUAGCAGAAGUCAGUGCCAAACGAUAGUGCUAAGUUGAAUCGUAACUAUGCAUUUUACAAUUUCAAAAUUGAAUUUAGACAAUAAAUUUCAAUUAACGCGUAGUUCGACCAAAACGAAGCUUAAAUUUAAACUCCAUGGAAUAUACUGAGUCGAUUAAGCUUCGCAGGUCAGAAAGAUCGCCGGAAUCUUGACCAUUUUUAUUACAAGUAAAUUAAUUUGUUUUACCGAUUUAAGAUUAGUCAUUUCUCUUUGUUUUUACACGAUGUUACAAACGUAAAUCUAGUAUCGCGUAAAUAUAAAGUAAUAAUAAGGAUCCCUGAUGUUGUAAAUGCCUUACUUAAUUUGUAAUAAUUUAUAUAUUUUAGGUGUAUAGUACUUAAGCCAUGUUUUGAGACCAGUGACUAUUGUAAUGUUAGUAUUAAAAGGCCGUUUGCAUUCAAAUUGAAAAGCUCCAGUCGACGCUUUUGGCUUUGGCCGGAACUUUUCCACAACUUUCACGAUUUAAAGAAAGUGACUAUUCUUGUUUUCUUUAAUCCGUGGGAGAAAUUUGCUAGCACUCUGACAGUGGCCAAAUUUCAAUCAUUUUUAGAUAAAAAUAUACAAUUGAACUUGAGUAAGAUCUUUUUGUAACUUUUGAUAAUAAAGUGCUGGUAGUUUUAAUCUAUAAAUAUAUGCAGAUCGAGAUGUGUACGAAAGUUUAUAGCUUUUGUGUUUGCUGUUCUAAUAGUGAGAAUCUAAUAGAAGUGGCCGCAUUAAUUCGUACAGACCUUCUUCUGUGUUCUAUUAAUUUGAAAAUUUAGGAAUAUUUCAUUUUUAUUUAUUUCAAGUAGCAAUAGGGAAUAAAUGUCAGAUUAUUAUUGACAAAGCGUUUAGGUUUCUACUCCUAAAAAUUGGACACUGAAAUAAAUAUUGUUUCUAUAAUUUACAAAUGCCACCAUUUAGAUAACCAUUUAAUUGUGGAAACAAACUUUUACAAUAAAAUAUUUCAAAUGAA